AUGAUUUCAGACCUUUUUGGCAGGCCACUUAGGGAUUUGCGGAUUUCGGUUACGGAUCGGUGCAAUUUCCGGUGUCCAUAUUGUAUGCCCGCGGAGAUAUUUGGAGAGGCUUACCAGUUUUUACCGAAAGCCGAAAUCCUGACCUUUGAGGAAAUUGCGCGGUUGUCGCGUCUUUUCGUCGAACUGGGAGUGAACAAGCUGCGCAUAACCGGGGGCGAGCCACUGUUGCGAGUGGACUUGCCAGAUCUGGUCCAGCAACUAGCUGAAAUACCCGGCGCCGAUGACAUCACUUUGACCACCAACGCCUAUCUGCUUGCGCAACAGGCCCAGCCGUUGAAAGACGCCGGAUUGCAUCGCAUUACGGUGAGCCUGGAUUCGCUGGACGAUGAGGUAUUCAAGCAGAUGAACGGGCGCGGAUUCGGUACUCGCCGGGUCUUGGACGGGAUUCGCCGGGCCGCCGAUUGCGGAUUGGCUCCCAUCAAGAUAAAUGCGGUGGUACAGAAAGGCGUUAACGACCACACCAUUGUGGAGCUUGCCCGGCAUUUCAAGGGCACCGAACACAUCGUGCGGUUUAUCGAAUAUAUGGACGUGGGUAAUCGCAACGGAUGGAAACUGGAUGAGGUAGUGUCUGCGGCCGAGAUCGUGGCCAUGAUCGACGCUGAACUACCGAUUGAACCGGCGGAGGCCAACUACGUUGGCGAAGUGGCCCGACGCUGGCGGUACCGGGACGGCGAAGGCGAGAUUGGCGUUAUUGCAUCGGUGACCCAACCCUUCUGUGUGGACUGCACGCGCGCCCGCCUGUCCACCGAUGGCCGCCUAUACACCUGCCUGUUCGCAUCCGACGGCGUGGACCUGCGAGAUGACGACGAAUUGCGUGGGAUAAUCACGAAGGUCUGGUCGAUUCGGAGGGACCGUUACUCUGAAGAACGGGCCGAAAUCACCGAGACCGGCGGAGCCAGCCCCAGGCCCAAGGUCGAGAUGUAUCAAAUCGGCGGCUGA